GUGUGAGACAUCCACCGCUGGCUUUCAUUUUUGAGGUGACCUUAACUUGCAACGUUCGUUUAGUCAUUAAAAAUUGUUUGCAUGCAACAAACAUAAGAACACAUAAUGGAUGAACCUCAAAUAACCGAUUACAAUGUAAACAAUUGUCAAAUGGUUGGGCAUUGUACCGUCUAUCACUUUUUAACAGUUACUGUAGAACAGAGUGUUAUAAAAUUUCUACACAGGCGCGAUUAUACGAGGAAAAAAAUUCUGCCAAUAUUCAGCAUAUUAUUAGCAACGAUGAUAUGGUACCAACUACCUCGUCAGUCACGGGCUAAGAAGGAUUGGGACUUAACGACUAUGGACCCCAAUGUUACGCUAGGUUGGGGCCCGAAGGAAGUAUAUCCAUUCAGCAUCGACUACGCCUUGAAGCAGUGUAAAAUCGUGCCGAUGAUCAUAGAUAAAUCACCGAAGCAUUUACUAGAGGUUUUGUAUGAGGAUGAAACCAUUGUAGACUUAGGGGUCUAUCUGCGACCAGAAGAUAUGCUAUUUGAGCCCAAAAUGAUUACAUGGCCUGACGGAGGAGAAUAUUACUACACCUUAAUUAUUGCAGAUGCUGAUUUCCCUGCUCGGGUUGACUACUCCGAUAGCCAGUGUUUACUAUUUAUGGUCGUGAACGCUCAUAAUGGAACGUGGAGAGAAGAAGAUGUGAUUGUGCCAUACAUAGGACCCGAGCCAGAUUUGGAUUCAGAACUGCUCGAAUACAUGAGUACUUAUUUUAUAUUCCAAGAAACUAAUUGCUGAAGGGAAAAUUAAUAUUUAUGUGUUGCCCUCUACGAAUCGAAAUGCAAAAGGUGGAUGUACCUGUACCGUUGACUGUAUCUACUGUACGUGAGAAGAGGAAAGCUCCUCCAAUUUCACCGAUUGCCGAAAAAAUCCGUAAGGUGGAUGUACCUGUACCGUUGACUGUAUCUACUGUAAGUAAGAAGAGGAAAGCUCCCCCAAUUUCACCGAUUGCCGAAAAAAUCCAUAAGGUGGAUGUACCUGUACCGUUGACUGUAUCUACUGUAUGUGAGAAGAGGAAAGCUCCUCCAAUUUCACCGAUUCCUGAAAAAAUCCAUAAGGUGGAUGUACCUGUACCGUUGACUGUAAGUCCAGUGGAUACAAGACAGACCCUUAAAUUUAUUUUAUUCAAUUCUAGUUCUGUCAAAUGCACGGGACAAUUUUCAUUACCCCUAUUAUGCGAUGCGUGUAAUAAACUAAUGGAAAAUAGUAGAAACUGCCAGAGAAUAGUUAUAAUAAACAAAACGUCGGAUAAUGUGAUACAUGCAAUUAAUCUUUUUACUCUUAGAAGGUUAUCUGCGUUCAUUAAAGGAAAAAGAAAAUUUUUACAGACUUGCUCAAUAACUAUCGAUGAGUUGACCCCUAACAGCCAAUGUUUAUCAUUCUUGGAAUUCUUUUUGAAAUAUUUUAGAAAAUAUCUAAUUUAUCGUAGGGGAAAUAAAAAUCUGCAUGUAUAUUGGGACAUUAAUAAGUGGUCCAGUGUGGUCAGUUAUUUCGACAAUCUGCUGACAAGCAAGGAAAAAUUGGAAUGCUUGAGGAAAUGGAUGUAAUUAAUUAUAUCAAAAAAUCAUGUGUAAUAAGAAAUUUAGAAAUGUAUUUAACAUUUUUAUAAUAUUAAUAAAGUUAAUAUGCCAGUUUA